AUUUUCGCUUUAGCCUUUGGUGGUCUCGCUGGUUGCCUUAGGUUCCCACGCCAGGGAAGGAGGUUUCGCCCGCUGUACUGAGGGGUUUCUCCACCCUAACCAGAUAACCAGGGCAGGGGGGGCUUUCCCAUGGCGAGGAAUUGUCCCCGUGAGCCACAACAGGCGUUUCCCCCCACGCACACACCCAGAGCGCUCCGUGCCUAGGUAGCGCUCUCAGGGUGCGUCUCUGGGAGGACUCCUGCCUUCUUACACGCCCAAGCAUGUGCUUUCCAGGCGGGAGCGGCUCCCAGCGCCCUGCCCGCGGCCGGCAGAGACACAAGUCCGCCCUGCACUCUAUCACUACGGAAACCUCCGCUCUCGGCGUAGGUGUGCUGGGCACAUCUUCCAUUCUGGGGGGCAUGGGGAAACAGGGGGUGUAUUACACCGACAUGCACAAGCAAUCAGAGGAGGUUUCUAUGAGCUCGUUCAGGGUCGGUCGAGAGGGGCGAGUUGCGGCAAGCUGCCUCGGUGGUGCCAUUUUUCCAGGUGGUCAUUUACACCUCUCGAUGAACGCGUUAGAUUUAUACUGAUGACCGGAUGCGAAGAAAGAGCUCUGUCACAGCGCUGCUCCCGCGGCAGGGCGGGCUGUAGGGCUGCGGGCAGGGCAGCGGACAGGGCCGCCUCCUCGGCGCUGGGAGCGGGGGCGGCAGGGCUGGGCAGGGGGUGCAGCCAGACGUGCACCCGUCAACUGAUCCAGGGGGAGCACGGAGCACCUCAUGGCUUUGUAUCAAAAAGUUACACCUAGAAAGCUCUUUCUUGUUGAGAAAGAAUUUGCGUGAGGUUUGCGUGGGACCCUUACCCUCUGCCCUCCGAGCCCUCCGAGCUCUGCCUGGCCGAACAUAUUUGAUUCCCCUUGGGGAGGCACAGUAGCUCGUAUAAAAAAAGACAUUGUUGUCUUUGGAGAGCCCUGUGCGCACUUUCAAAAGCUGAUUCUUGAGUUCCCAGCCCCCGCAAUCCAGUUGAUGAGGAAACGCUCUGCGGUCUUGGUGGCACCGUUUCCAUUGGGAUUGGCACCAUUUGAUUGACAAAGUCUCCCAUUCUUCCACCUCUCGAGUGUUAUCAAAAGGAUUGUGUGGGGUCAGAAGCUAUUGAAGGGACGUCCGUGUAGCCGCAUUUCUGCAAACACGGGGUGAAAACCGUGCCUUUCUCAUGAAAAUGCUUCCACCAGGCAGAACGCAUCUCAUCUUCCUUGCUCUCCUCCUUAGCAUUUCUUUUUAACUCGAGUGUUUUACUAAGCAGCAUCACCAGGUAAACGAACAUUUCGCUAAAGGCAGCCUAGGCAGGAUUCUGUCGGGACGGCCACGCUCCCCGGAAGCUGGGAGCAGCUUUCUGUCUCUGGCAGACGAAACUCCGCUGGAGGGUUUGGAAGAAAAGGGAGAGUGAAAGGAGACGACACCAGCGAAGAAGUUUUCUCGCCCGUGGUCCAUGGUCUGACUUGCCCCGUUAUAGCUCAUUUGGGGCGGAAAAGCGGGUGCAGAGGCUGACCUUUACCCGGCGUCCAUCUAGCCCGGCUAAAGAGUAGCUAGACGUACGCCCGCCGGUGUACUCCUAACUCAGCGGUCAGACGGGCACGAGAGCGUUUCACCCACUUCCCGGCAAAGCCGCCGAAUCAUGUCGAUGAGCCCAAAGCAUACGACUCCUUUCUCAGUGUCUGACAUCUUGAGUCCUUUGGAGGAAAGCUACAAGAAAGUGGGCAUGGAGGCCAGUAACUUGGGGGCUCCCCUGUCAGCCUACAGACAGUCUCAGGUUUCUCAGCCGGCCAUGCAGCAGCACCCCAUGGGCCACAACGGAACAGUGACUGCCGCCUACCAUAUGACAGCGGCAGGGGUCCCCCAGCUCUCCCAUGCUACGAUGGGGGGCUAUUGCAAUGGGAACCUGGGCAACAUGAGCGAGCUGCCGCCUUACCAGGACACCAUGAGGAACAGCGCUUCGGCGACAGGAUGGUACGGCACCAACCCGGAUCCCCGCUUUUCCUCAAUCUCCCGCUUCAUGGCGCCGUCCUCGGGCAUGAACAUGGGAGGCAUGGGCAGCCUCGGCUCCCUGGGAGACGUGAGCAAGAGCAUGGCCCCGCUCCAGAGCACGCCGCGGAGGAAACGGAGGGUCCUUUUUUCGCAGGCCCAGGUUUACGAGCUGGAGAGACGUUUCAAGCAACAAAAAUACCUCUCCGCCCCGGAGAGGGAACAUUUAGCCAGCAUGAUACAUCUCACCCCGACUCAGGUCAAAAUCUGGUUCCAGAAUCACCGCUACAAGAUGAAACGCCAGGCCAAAGACAAGGCUGCGCAGCAGCAGAUGCAACAGGAGAACGGCUCCUGCCAGCAGCAGCAGUCUCCCAGAAGGGUGGCAGUGCCAGUGCUUGUGAAGGAUGGCAAGCCCUGCCAAGCAGGCUCCAACACACCCACAGCAGCUAUCCAGAGCCAUCAGCAGCAGGCAGCUACAACGAUCACAGUGGCUACCAAUGGCAACAGCCUCGGACAGCAUCAGAGCCACCAGACAAACAGUGCGGGGCAGUCUCCAGACAUGGGACAGCACUCGGCCAGCCCUUCCUCUCUGCAGAGCCAAGUCUCCAGUUUGUCUCACCUAAACUCUUCUACUUCUGACUAUGGCACUGCCAUGUCUUGCUCCACCUUGCUAUACGGUAGGACCUGGUAAAAGGAUUAAACAAAGAAAAAGGAAAAACAAAAAGGCAAAAAGAAAAAAGAAAAAAAACCCAACAAAUUUUCCCAGUUACACAAAUCUCUGUCCUCUCCAAACUACAGUGUGCUUUUUUCUUCUUUUUAUUUCUUUUUUUUUCUUUUUUUCCUUUUUUUUUUUUUCUUUUUAAUGCUCUUUUCCCUUUCCCCCGUUUUACUGAGCGGUCUCUGCGGACCUCUAAGAGAGAGAGAGACACUUUUUUUGGUUCAAUUUUAUUGUUACUGUUGAUGGUUUUGGGUCUUUAUGUUUUUUCUCCCCCAAAGUUGUUCUAUGGGGUGUAUAAAAAUAUUCAGACUAAUAACCAUGGAGCAGUCUGCAGAAAGGGGACCAUCUUUAGGCAUGGUCUGAAGACUUGGAUAUCAGAUGUACACUUUGCCAGCGUCUAGGACUUGCAUGUAAAUACAAGGAUUUUGGGGGAUGGGGUGGUUUUCCCCCCCAAAAAACGCAUUCGCGUCACCCAGACACAAGAAGCAGCUUCCCCCUCCCCGGUCUCUCCCAGCCCGCCGCCAGGGCCAGCGGAUGGAGACGUGGAGUCAUCAAAGGCUUGGCUUUUAUUUUCCUCCUUACGUUUGAUGUGAACCUGUAGCUGUAUAAUGCUGUCAAAAGUUGGACUAAACCCAUAGUUUUUAGUAGCCUGUAUAUUUUGUUGUAAAAAGAAAAGGAAAAAAAUACAAUCAACCAAACCAACCCCCACCUUUUUUAUGGACACUGAUCACCCCGUCGUAAAUCCUCCGGCAGUUUGUUAUUUGCGCACGCCGCCUUUUCCGGUUGUAACUUAUGUAGAUAUUUGGCUUAAAUAUAGUUCCUAAGAAGCUUCUAAUAAAUUAUACACAUUAUGAAUAUUCUUUUUUAUUUCCCCCUUUGGUUUCCUCUCCCGACGCUACUUUCCUUACAUCUUUCUCCUUUUUUUUUCCCUCCACACCCCCCCCCCCCCCCACUUCUUUUUUUUUCUUGGUGGAAAAACAGCCCGGGAUGUUGUCAGACCCCAGAAGGCCCCUGCCCCUCACAGAGCCCAGACCCUAUUCCCAAAGGAGAGCUGCGCCAGAGGGUUAACGGGAUACAGGGUCAAUCCUCAGCGUGCAAACAGGACAAGCAAACGCGUGGGAUUCACGAACUCGAGACCAAAGGAAUCGAGUCCAAAUUCAUUAGCCCGACUAUUUUUUGGGGGAUGAGGGUGGGGGCGGGGGACACCUCAGCCACUUCUUCCUAGAGAAAGCAAAGUAUUCCGGGACUAGAAAUUCAAAUGCCAAAGGCACGGAGGAGAAAGAAGGUAAAAGUCUAACGCCAUUAGAAAAAAAAUAAAAUAGUGAAGAACCUGCUGUCAGUAUAGAACGUGAGUCCGAUUUAAAGUGUCCAGUUUUAAUACCUUGUAAGAAAAAAAAGAAAAAAAGAAAGAUAAUUUCUACCAGGUUUUCCUAUGUACUUGUAUUUUAAAGGAAGUACAGUCACCUUAUUUAUAAUCAAAAUAAAAAGAUAGUUUAUUGUGUACAACAUGUAGUUGGAAUUAACGUUCUUUAUCAGGCUGUGUUUAAUUUUCUACAUUUCCAUAUAUUUAAUUUUGUGCAUAUCCAACCCCACACGCCCGCACACGGCCACGCAGGUUCGCCCGCACAGCCCACCGCGCUCCUCAGGCGGAGGGCAGCCGCACGCUGCUGCUCGGUGCGACACAGGCGGGCUUCGCUUGGUUGGUUUGGGGGUUGUUUUUGGUGUCGCACUGUUUUUCUAAGGGGGGGGGGUCGUUAGUUUGCUCGUUUGUUUGUUGGGGGUUAUUUUGUGCAGCCGUUUGGGAAGUUGGUAAAGAAGGAGAUGGGGAGAAAGUGCGUGCGCGCACGUGGGUGGGUGCGCCAGGCUUAGGCACAGAACGUAAAUAUUAUCUAUCGGUAAUGCAAGGCAGCUGGACGGUAACUUUUCUGCAAAUAUAUAAAGCAUAUGAAGCUAAACAGCUCGUGUCUGACGAGCUCUAAAUCCCCGUAAUUCUCUAUUUUUCAGGUCCCAAACAUCCCUUUUGUGAGUGUAGCAAAACAAGAAAUAUCUCCCUUCUAAAAGACCUCGUAGCGUGUUCUCCUUUGCAUCUGCUGCUCGGUUAGGUUUUUAAAUUUCCAAAUCCAUAGAAAGCGACCGCAGUCAUUGAAACACCUCGGAAUUACAGAGGUAUUACGAAAUAAUCAUAUUUUUGAAGUGAAAAAAAACCCAGGUUGCCUGGGAUGGAAACAACCCAACUUCCAAUUUAAGUAGCAGCUUUUGAAAGCUCCAGUUCUUUAUUUAUACAAGAUAGCCGGUGCUAGUCGGACACCAAGUGCUAGUCUGGAUGGAGAAAAAGGGAAGUACACGGAAGGGAAAAAAAGUAUCGGAUUCUUUCUGACCCCCUCCCCCUUAUUUCUAACUGGAGGACAUCACGUGUGUCAACAGGAAUUUCGAGACCUUUCAUUCUUUAGGUUAUGUCCUGUUUUAUACAGCGACAUUCUUAACUAACCCAAAGAUUAUUCCUUUUUUUUUUUUUUUUUUUUUUUUUUUUUUUUGGUUCUUCUGCGCAGAAUAUUCAUUUCAGAUCUACAGCAUCAUGUUAAGCAUGGCAGGGGGAUGGGUGGGGGGGCGGCAGAGUGUCUGGAGCUUAGUGCUGUUAUUUCUGCUUGAAGAAGAAAGUGUUGGGGAUUCCUGGUCCGUGGUGCAGAGCUGCCAGCUUCCGCGGAGGAAGCGAGAGCAGGGCUAAAUUUAAGGAUUUUUUUAAAAUUAGGGUUAGUUUCUCCCGGAGUUUAUACCGAAGACCGAGGGGAAAGUGCUCCGGUUAAGUGGACAUUUCUCCUUCCCACGUAAUUAAUGCGCGUUCUUUCAAACCUAGGAACGUUCAAAAGUGAGGAGCACCGAAAGGUAUUAAUACAGCCGAGAAAUAUUACAGCCCCCGCCCCCGAAUAUUGGAGUUAGCAUGUUUGAUACAGAUCCAGUCAGUGACUUUUCAUUACAGACUUUGGGGGAAAUAAAGUAAUUUUAUUGUGUCUCGACAACCUCAUAUACACAUAUUUGGUGGUGGGUGUAAUUACUGUAAUGGAUUAUUAUGUACACUGACUUAUCUUUCUUAAACUAGAUUUAGUUUCGAUUAAAUAAACUCGUUUCCACUUUGUCUGA